AUGAAUACCGAAACCAUGGAUGUCAACUCACCCGCAAAGGGCUUGAGAGUACUUAUUGUCGGGGCUGGCAUUGGUGGCUUAGCGGCAGCUAUUGCCCUUCGUCAGCAGGGCCAUGAAGUCGAGUUGUUUGAGCGAUCACGAUUUGCCAACGAGAUUGGAGCAGCUAUUCACCUUACUCCUAAUGCGAAUGGUCUUCUGAAGAGAAUUGGAGUGGAUGCCUCUCAAUACGGAGCUGUGCUAACGGAGCAGCUUCGAGACUACACUUCCGAUGGCAAACUCACCUUCACCGGACGCUUUGAUCAAUUCGCGGAUACUUGGCAACACGAAUGGCUUCUGUGUCACCGUGCGCACUUACACGAGGCCCUAAAAGACAAGGCUGGCGCGCCUGGUAAGGGGAAACCUGCCGUUCUGCAUACCUCUUGUAAAGUCGCAGGGGUUGACCCGGAGACUGCCACUGUCAUUCUUUCAGAUGGAACUAAGGUUCAUGGUGAUGUCGUCAUUGGUGCAGAUGGCGUGCACUCGGUGGCCAGGCGUCACGUUACCGGCUCGGAUAAGCAGGCCUUCAGUUCAGGCAAAAAUGCGUUCCGGUUCAUGGUCUCACGCAAGGAAGCGCUUGAUGACCCUGAUACUGCCCAUCUGGCGCAAGAUAUGGGAUCUGUGGACAUGUGGCACGCCUCUGACAGCAAGGUUGUUAUCUACCCUUGCGUAAACAAUGAAAUGUUGAAUUUCGUCUGCAUUCACCCAGAUACUCUCACCAACAUCGGGGUAUCUCAAGGUUGGGACCAAACGGUCGGCAAGGACACAUUGCUGCAGGUCUAUAGGGACUACGAUCCUGUAGUUCGCAAACUUUUGGCGAAGGCGGAUCCAGAUACCCUGAAAAUCUGGCCUCUUCUCGACAUGGAAACUCUGCCCAGCUGGGUCGAUCACCGCCUGGCACUCAUGGGAGAUGCAGCUCAUCCAUUCCUGCCAUAUCGUGCGUCUGGUGGUGCCAUGGCGAUUGAGGAUGGUAUUGCUCUGGCCGUUCUGCUCCCGGGCGAUCUCUCAAAGGCGGAAGUUCCGGAGCGAUUGAAGCUGUAUGAAAAGGCACGCCAUGGGCGAGUUACUCGAAUUCAAGAAUACACGCGGGAGUCUGGAAGAAGCCACCUGCCUAUGUCCAAAGUCAUGGAAAUUAUAUCUGAGAUCUACGACCACGACGAAUGGGAUUACGUGACUGAAUUCUUGAGACAGCAUCAGCGCACUCAAAACCCUGAGGUUUACUACAGGCAGCCGUCUGUGUUUGGCCCCAUGCCCGGCCCCCGUCAAGACUUCUGGGGUCGUAGCCGAGCUUUGGCAUCUGCUAGGGCAAGAUUCUGCACCGUUUCGAUCAAGAUUAAGACUAGCCGGACACUCCUCAAGAACCUUUUGCCCAACUCCGCGUACAGCUUCUCCGGAACAGGCAGUGUGGCCUACGCCACUUUCUCUCAGACUAGUUUGGAUGGCUUGGAGUGGCUUGCAGGAGGUGGUUAUAACCACAUUGGUCUUUACAUUCACGGCAUUGGAUAUAAGCAAGCUGAUGGAAUGGUCACUAAAGGCACAUACCUUCCCAUCAUGUUUGAGGAUCUUACUGAUCCCAUCCUCUCUGGACGAGAGGAGCUUGGAUUCCCGAAGCUUUACAGCGAUAUUGAUGUGAACAAGCAGGAGCAGUCGUAUCAUAUUACCACGAGCUGGAGAGGUGCGGUCUGGGGACGCAUGAGCCUCACUGGUCUCAGGGAAGAGGAGGAAACUGCCCCUGUGGAAGGGUCCACAGCACAAGGUCUCCUUGUGCAUCGCUAUAUGCCGUCGGUAGGCAGAGAGGGGAAAGGCACCCCGGAAGCGGAAUAUCCAGUCUUCAUCGAUCUGGCGGCGGAGUCACAGAUUGUACCUAGCAACAUUACCCGGGUACUCAAGGCAUCGCAGGCAGAGCUUGAGAUCAAUGCUCUGGAUUGGAACCAGCUUCCUACCCUGCAUCAUAUCACAUCUCGCCUUGCUGAGAUUCCGGUGUAUGACAUUGUUGAGGCCAAGGUUGUGCAAGGCGAGGGAGUUAUGGAUAUCUCGUCCGCAAAGAAACUCGCAUAG